CUAGUGUAUUUCUUCCUAUAUACACGUAACCUGGGGCUUCCUGGACCUUGUACUCUCUCUGCUUUCAUUGACAGUGGUUCCUAAAGCUGGUCAGCAUCAGGGUUACCCAGGGAGCCUUAAAACACACACACACACACACACACACACACACACACACACACACACACACAAUUGACUUGUCUUAUUUAGGCACAGAAAAUACUUUUGCUACAGUUACAAAAAUGCAGGGUUUUUUUUUUUUUUAAAGUGAAUCCUAAAGUAAUGAAUGGAAUGGAUGGGCUAAAUAAAUUUUCUUUCUGACUUCCAAUAACGUUUUGUAAGGUUGAACCCAAGGGCUCGGUCUUUGUCACAAACACUGGGUGGUUUUUCCACCAAGCUCGCUGAGAAAGUGGAAUUCCAGAGACACUCCUGAAAUUGUCCUAAGUUAAAGGAGCCAGUGUGCUAGCUCCCUCUCUGCCAUCGCCUCUGAGAGCACCCAUGGCCCUGAGUGAUGUCGAUGUGAAAAAGCAGAUUAAGCACAUGAUGGCUUUCAUUGAGCAGGAAGCCAAUGAGAAAGCAGAGGAAAUCGAUGCCAAGGCUGAGGAAGAGUUUAACAUUGAGAAAGGACGCCUUGUGCAAACCCAACGACUGAAGAUUAUGGAGUAUUACGAGAAAAAGGAGAAGCAGAUAGAGCAGCAGAAGAAAAUCCAGAUGUCCACCAUGAGGAAUCAGGCAAGGCUGAAAGUCCUGAGAGCCCGAGAUGACCUCAUCUCGGAUUUGCUCAGUGAGGCGAAGCUGAGACUCAGCCGGAUUGUGGAGAACCCAGAGGUCUACCAGGGGCUUCUGGAUAAACUGGUGCUCCAGGGUCUGCUCCGACUGCUGGAACCUGUGAUGAUUGUGCGCUGCCGGCCACAGGACCUCCUCCUGGUGGAGGCUGCUGUGCAAAAAGCCAUCCCUGAAUACAUGACAAUUUCCCAAAAACAUGUGGAGGUCCAGAUUGAUCAAGAGGCAUACCUGGCUGUGAAUGCAGCUGGAGGUGUGGAGGUCUACAGUGGCAAUCAGAGAAUAAAGGUUUCAAAUACCUUGGAAAGCCGACUGGAUCUCUCAGCGAAGGAAAAGAUGCCAGAAAUACGAAUGGCCUUGUUUGGUGCUAACGCCAACAGAAAGUUCUUUAUAUAAGCCUCUGGGAAGUGAAGCUAGUGUUGAACCACUAAACCACGAAAGUUUAAGUUUUGGGGGGAAAAGAAACUAGUAGUGUUUCCUCCUCUUUGAUGCUCUGAUAUUGUUCUGUUUUUCUUCAUGAAAUACCCCUUGGAUGGCUAAAGUGUUAACUUUGAAAUAAAGCCCAAAUUAAUGCUCAGAA